GCGCUGUCCCCGAGCCCGAGCACCUCCGUGUGUGUCCGUGUGUCCCUCCACACGCACAUCUUCUCCCGAUGGCUGCUUCGGUGCCCGGCAAUCGAACUGGAGUGGAUGUUUUACCCCAGCGCCCAGCGCUGACCCCGUGCCUCGCUUGUGGGCUCUUACAGGCAAUAGCUUGCUUGAUGGACAUGAACGCCUUGCUGGACAGAUUCCACAAUUACAUCCUACCGCACCUCCGAGGGGAGGACCGAGUUUGUCACUGCAACUGUGGAAGGCACCACGUGCACUACGUGAUCCCGUACGACGGGGACCAGUCGGUGGUGGACUCGUCGGAGAAUUACUUUGUGACCGACAAUGUGACCAAGCAGGAGAUCGACCUCAUGCUGGGGCUGCUGCUGGGCUUCUGCAUCAGCUGGUUCCUGGUGUGGAUGGACGGCGUCCUGCACUACGCCGUGCGCGCCUGGCGCGCCAGCCGCCGAUACGACACGCCCUGGUGGUGGCUGCCCAGGCUGUGUAAGCUGAAGGAGCUGCGCAAGCGCCACCCGCGGCAGUACGAGGAGCCCACGGGGAACAUGGUGCACAUCAAACAGAAGCUCUACCACAACGGGCACCCCAGCCCGCGGCACCUGUGAGGGAACCGCACUCCAGGGACUCCUCUUCCUCACGGGACGGCCCCUGCAGCGCCCCCAGGCCGGCCGGCCACUCGGAUUGCCGCGAUUUUGCCGCGACUUUGCCGCGAUUUUGCCGGGAUGGCCCCGGGCGGACGCGCCACCAUGCACAACCAGAGCCGGCGCUGGGCGCUCUGCAGCCCAGGCUUUGCACUGUGGUCCACGUUUUAUUGUCAGACUGGUGUAAAUAUGUAAAAAAAAAAAAAGCAGACAAGAACAAAGAGAUUUGCAUUAUAAUUUCAACCCUCAUCUCAUUGUCCUGGCUGUCCUGCCCAUCCUGCUGGCAGUGGUGGCCGAGGGGAUGGAGGUGGGACAGCAGCAAGAAGAUGCAAAGUGUCUCCUCCAGGAGCUCCAGCCCCACAACAUUUCUUUGUUCCUUUGGCUGCUCUGAGCCUCCCACGGCUACAAAGGGCCUGGCUGGUCACAGGUUUGGAUGGGGGAAGGCACAGUGUCCCCUUUUUGGGGUUUUUUGGGGUUUUAUUUUGCUUUGGUUCACAGGUUUCACAGUGUCCCCUUCUUGGGUUUUUUGGGGUUUUUUUUUGCUUUGGUUCUCAGGGUUGGAUGGGGGAAGGCACAGUGUCCCCUUUUUUGGGUUUUUGGGGUUUUUUUUUGCUUUGGUUCUCAGGGUUGGAUGGGGGAAGGCACAGUGUCUCCUUUUGGGGCUCUUGGGGUUUUUUUGCUUUGGUUCACGUUCUGGAAUUGCUGUGGGGGAAGGAAGGGCUGGGAAUGGGUCAGGGCUUUGUGUUUGCAUUGCUGCCCUCUGAACCUGCCUUGAGCACCCCUUUAGUGGUGGCACCUUUGGAGGUGACACCUUUGGAGAAGGCACCUUUGGAGGUGACACCUUUAGAGGUGGCAGCUUUGGUGGCGCUUUUGGAAGUGUCACCUUUGGUGGCGGGAAAAAAGGAGCUGCUCUGCCCCUCUUCCUGCAGGGUGACCCUGGUUAAAACACCCCAAAAACCCCAAAACCCCAGAGGGCAGCAAGAGGGGGCCCUGAGCAAAGUGUGAGCCUGGGUAAACACCCCAAAACCCCAAAGAGCAGCAAGAGGGGGCCCUGAGCAGCCUCUUCUUGUAGGGUGAGCCUGGUUAAAACAUCCCAAAACCCCAAAGGGCAGCACAGAGAGAGCCCUGAGCAGGGUGAGCCUGGUGAAAACACCCCAAAAACCUGGUUAAAUCACCCCUAAAGCCUGAUUCAAACACCCCAAAACCCCAAAGAGCAGCAAGAGGGGUCCCUGAGCAGCCUCAUUGCUGCUGCACCCCUUUCUUAUGGGGCUGGGCUUUGGGGACACACAGACACCCAGACCAAAACCCCAAAUCCACAGACACCCUGACCAAACUCCUUCCCAAAUGUCCCCAGAGUUGAGCCCAAACGUGAGGAAGCUCCAAAGUGGUUUUGUGGGGCUGCCCCUGGGUGGGUUUUGAGGUCUGAUCUUUUGGGAUCAGGGCUCUGAGGGCAGUGUCCUCACCCCAAACCCUCCUGUAGGGCCAGCAGGAGCUGGGGGGUUUUGGGGGGUUUUAUCCUGUCCUGGGAUUUGUGAGCAGGGACACAAGAGGGAAAUGCCAUCCCCAGGAUCUGAGAACCCUCAAUAUUUCCCUCAAUAUUUCCUCCCCCUUUCAUCUUUUUGUAUCCAGUGGGGUGGUGCAGAAAAAGGGGAAAAACCCAGAAGUAAAGGAUGCUGAGAAAAAUCUCAUUUUUUUCCCAUGGAUUCCAUGACAUUUUCAGUGGCCUCCUGCUGUUUGGUGGCAGCAAAAGGGACACCCCAACUCCUGCUCUUCCUCCCUGCUUCACUUUCUGUGUUUUGGGGUCAUUUUGAAAUUUCCUAUGCCCAUUUCUGUUAAUUGCAAGCCCAAAUAUUCCCAUUUUUCUGCCAUCCCCACUUUUGCUAUUCCCUAGUGCCUCUUGUCUUGGAGCCCCAGGUUUUUUCUGGACCUCAAUAAUUGCCUGGUCCUUAUUUGUGUCUGUCUGUCUGUCUGUCAUUCCUGGCUGUCAUGUCCAAAAUUCCUUAGGAUCUAAGGAAUGACUUUUCCUUGAGCAGUUAUCAACAAGUGGGGACAGCAUUUUGGAGGGGAGAGAAAAUUCCAUUGGGAUAAGGAGAAAACAUCGAGCCCCUGGGACUGGUUAUGUAAAAAAAAAAGGGGAGAAAAAAGCACUUUAAAUCAAAUUUUCCACUGAUUAAACUCAGACUGAAUGUAAAGCCUGGCUCUAGCAGCUGAGCUUGGUUGAAAUAUUAAAAAUUAAGCAGAAAUAUUAAAAAUUAGGCAGAAAUAUUAAAAAUUAGGGGGAAAUGGUCAAGUGAUGGCUUACACUGUUAGGGUUGAUCUGGCUGAUCCAUGGCAAAAUUCCAUAAAAAUUUGAGGAUCUGGAAGGGGGGGGGGAGGAAAUUUUCUAUAUAAUAAAAAUGGUCCUGUUGUAUAAAAGGAGAUUUGAAAAAAAUAUGGGUGAGAGGGAAGGAGAGGAGAGGAAGGAGAGAGGGAAACAGGAGAGGAAGGAGAGGAGAGGGGAGCAGAGGAGAGGGAGGGAGAGGAGGAAGGAGAAGAAGUAAAGGAGAGGAAGGAGAGGAGAGGAAGACGAGGAAGAAGAGGAGAGGGAAGCAGAGAAGGAAGGAGAGGAAGCAGAGGAAGAAGAGGAGAGGAGAAGAAGAGGAAAGGGAAGCAGAGAAGGAAGGAGAGAGGAGAGGAAGCAAAGGUGAGGAAGAAAAUGAGAGGAAGGAGAGGAAGAGGAGAGGGAAGCAGAGAGGGAAGUAGAGGAGAGGAAGAAGAGAGGGAGAGGAAAAAGAGAAGGAAUCAAAGGAGAGGAAGGAGAGGAAAAAGAGGAAAGGGAAGGAGAGGAGAGAAAGGAGAGGAAGAAGAGGAGAUGAAGUAAAGGAGAGGAAGAGGAGGAGAAGGCAGAGAGGGAAGCAGAGGAAAAGGAAGGAGAGGAAAAAGAGAGAGAAGCAGAGGAGAUGAAGUAAAACAGAUGAAGCAGAGGAGAGGAAGGAGAGGAAUUAAAGAAGAGGAGAGGAAGAAGUGAGGAAGCAGAGGAGAUGAAGUAAAAGAGAGGAAGAAGAGGAAAGGGAAGCAGAGGAGAGGGCAGAUGUGGCAGAGCCAGGAGGAGCUGCCCGCCCCAGCUGGGCUGAGGGCCCCUGCUGUGUGUCCUGAGCUCUGUCUGUGUCACUCUGUGCCCUGCAUGGACCUGUCCCCCUCUGGCACCCCCAUUUCUGUUCCCCAGGGGCUCCCAGCCCCUCCUGGCACUCCCUGCUCUCCCCUGGGCAGGAUUUUCACUCCUGGAGCACCAGCACAGAGCCUGCAGUGCUGCCUGCCCUCAUUUCCAUCCUUAUUUUUCCUUUUUUUUCCUUUUUCCUGCACCCCAAGCACUCCUGCAUGCAUCAGGCAGGGAGAGGCACAGCCCAGACUGCACCAGAGAGACCCAACUCUGCUCUGGGUCCAUCACAGAACCAUCCCUACUGUGGUUGAAAAGCAAUAAUGGCUAAAUUUUAUUUUUAUUUUUAUGAAAUACAACUUGCACAGGCAGAUUUCAGCCAGGGCUGUGCUGAAGGAGCAGCUGAAGGUGCAGAGAGCUUGGGCUGGGGGAGGCAAUAGAAAAAAGCACACUGUGAUUUAUUUUGGGUCAACAAGUGAGUGUAUUUCAGCCAUUCCUUCCCUUCCAAGAUGUUUGUACCAUAGAGAACCAGUUCAGCUCCUGGAACCAAGCCCAUCCUUUGCUGUUUGUCAGUAAAAUAGUUUUUUGCA